AUGCCACCCGUUCCACGAGAAGAUCCCACAGUGGACUCGGAUUCAGACGUCGAAUUCGAAGAUGUACCCAUCCAGCCAUCUCAGCCUCAACCAAAAAUUCCAAGCAGUCUAGAUCAGCCUUCCGAACAUGCGGAAUCUGUGUCCGCCAACAUCCCCUGGACCCCUGAACUCCACAUCCCAGAGCAGCGAGAAACACCCGUGGCAUCGGGCUCUGAUGCUGAGAGACAACUUCGUGGUCGUCUCAGUAUGGCGAUUGACCGCAUCAAUACACGCCAGAUGAAAGCUCGGAUUGGCAUGGAUGCGACGAACACACAAGCGGGUCUGACUCGCUACACGAGCAUCCAGCAAUUAGCCGAUGAUAUUGAGGGCACGGCUGAUAUGCUUUGGGAAUCGGCCACUCCUUCCAUCCAGGUUGAAGGCCUGAUCACGCUGGCGGGAAUUCUGGAGCGUUCCCUGAAAACAUACAACUUUGACCCGAUUCCAACAUUGGCCCUUCUGAACAAGCUUGAUUACUACUUUAUUGCAUUGAUGCAAGGUGAACAUCCUGCCUCUCACCACAAACUCCCAGGGGCAAGUCCCCAUCAUCCCUUGGUCACACAGACCCAGAAAGUUCGGAUCCGAAGUAUUGCAGAAAUCACCAGGACUAAUCUUUUUGCAAUGAUGCCGGGGCCUCGGGAGGAUGAGAUGAAUGAGGAUGAUGAUGACGCAGACCAGAAGGAUGACUGGGACGAGCCUGAGAUGCCGGUGUGGAUGAUGCAGGCGUCUAAGGUCUAUGAGCGUGUGUUGAUGCUACUUGGAGAUCAAGGAGAUCCAAAUGAAACAGGUGGAUUCAAUGAGUUUGAUUAG